CCCUCCCUGCACGUUUAAAUCCGCUCGCCCAGAGUAUAAGCACUCUAACCCUGCUGAACUGGUAGUUUGUGCCCCGGAGAACCGCGCACGGACGUUCAUUCUCUCCAAGGGCAUCUGGCAGUAGCAUGGUUUGUAGAGCACAUUGAUGCCACUGAAGGAGACUGCAGUCACAACGGUCUUAUACCCACACAGGGAGCCUGGUCAUCCGCGCAAGGUGCGAACACCCUCUGGUCUUGUUGCCCUGCACACAGAGACGCACCGCCAUGGGCAAGCAGAACAGCAAGCUGAGGCCGGAGAUGCUGCAGGACCUGCGAGAGAACACCGACUUCUCUGACCACGAGCUGCAGGAGUGGUACAAGGGCUUCCUGAAGGACUGCCCCAGUGGCACGCUCAACGUGGAUGAGUUCAAGAAGAUCUACGCCAACUUCUUCCCUUAUGGUGAUGCCUCCAAGUUUGCUGAGCAUGUCUUUCGCACCUUUGAUACUAACAACGACGGCACCAUCGACUUCCGGGAGUUCAUCAUUGCUCUUAGUGUCACGUCGCGUGGCAAGCUGGAGCAGAAGCUGAAGUGGGCCUUCAGCAUGUAUGAUCUGGAUGGCAAUGGCUACAUCAGCCGGGAGGAGAUGUUGGAGAUUGUUCAGGCCAUUUACAAGAUGGUCUCCUCUGUGAUGAAGAUGCCAGAGGAUGAAUCAACGCCAGAGAAACGCACAGACAAAAUCUUCCGCCAGAUGGAUCUGAACAAUGAUGGCAAGCUGUCCCUAGAGGAGUUCAUCAAAGGUGCCAAAAGUGACCCUUCCAUCGUCCGGCUACUACAGUGUGACCCCAGCAGCGCAUCGCAGUUCUGAGGUCCCUCCCCACAUCAGACCCCCCCCCCCAGAAAACACACAAUGCAUGAAGAUUCCUGUCUUUUUUGUGUACCAAAGGGAAGAAUUUUUAAGAAAUCAUUUUAAGAACAACGUUUUAAAAGCGUCCAAGACUGUAUCCAUCAGCUUCACCUGCGCCUGCUGGAGGAAGCUGGCUGAUGCCCCGGUGAGAAGGCACCAUUCAGGAAUUUCUAGGGGAAUUAAGCUGUCACCUCUGAAAGAGAAACCUCUGGAGGGAAUAUUUAUUCUGGGAGUUGCACAUGGUCACUACUCUUCAUUUGUCUGAGUCCCGAAGACCACAGUUUUUCUUUUCACUUUUUUGUAUGUAUAAAUAUGUGUGUUUAGUUGGACUUUCGUUUGACCUAGUGUGUAGACACCAGUACUGUGUAGACUGGGACAGGAUCGGGAAACAGUUCUUGCUACCGGUGGAGCUGAGGAUCUGGGAAAAAAAAGAAAAAAGAUUGAGGAUUCAGUUGGGCUUUUUCCUUUUUAGAGUUUUUUUUUCCAAGUUGUUUCCCAUUGAAAAGGUUCAUGUUGGCCUUGGAGAAAAUGGACUUCAUGACUCUGGGAGGAGGCCAGGUGGGACCACAGCUUUUUCCACAACAGGUUCAGGGAAAGACUUGCUGGGGAUGGAUUUUUGUAACGUUGAUAAAGUAGGACCUGCUUGCACACGCAAUGCUUCUGUGUGCGUUGUUGGCUUACACAGUGUUACCCCUCUCUCUGUUGUAUUUAUAUGAGUAACCAAAAGUCUGCUAAAUUUGAAAUCAUUGUGACUUUCUGUGCAGUGGUGUCCUAGCCUGCAUGGUACAUAACAGUAUAUGAAAAAAAUGUACGUCUGUGAUUAGAAAACUCGGCUGAUCAAGAAUUAUGAGAAUGUAUGACUCUAAAUGUUGUGGUUUACACGUUCCUCAUCAUGUAGACCUCGUUUUCAAAACCACACCUGCAGUUCAUUGUUCAUUUCCAAGAGACUGCAUCCGUGCAACCGACGCUUGCAUCUGGAUAUACAUGUGACUCUCGUGUGUCUCUAUAUCUAUCCGCUAAUGCACAGAGGCUGCCUUCACAGGCGCAUCAUACAGUAUGCAUGACUGCAGUCAAUCGCCAGUGUAAUGCGUCACGUGUCCACUAGGCGGCAACAGAGUCUCGCAGUCUUGCUACGGAAGUGCAUGCACGCACGUGGAGCACCAAAUAGAUCCGAAAGUUACCUACGGAGCGUCGCGUUAGAGCUUAUAUACUGUCUGCUCGUCUGGAAGGCAAACAUCGGCGGAGCGGAAUGGGGGUUGUGUGUACCUCCACUCCGAUUCAAGGGCGUGCUGGUUUGGAAAUUGGCCAGGCUCUGCAUCCUUUACAACAUCGCUAGCCCCGUCGCCCGCCUUUAAAGAGUAACGUGUUGGGGAAAACAACAGAAAUUCAGAUUCAUUCGAUUUUAGAACUAGUGUCUGCGGUGUAUUAAGACAUGCAGAUUUCCUACCGAUACAUCCCACACAUGCUGCAUUAAAAAAAAAAAAAACUGUCCAUAACAAAAUUUGCUGCGGGGAGACCUGAAGCUGAGUUUCCAGUGCAGUGCAGGAUCCCCUUUAGGCUAAUGUUAGGGGUGUCUGUACUCGUCCGUGCCUCCGUUGAGGACCGAGAAAGGAAAAACACUCUAUAACCUGUCUGUGUACGAUCGACAAUGUUGCUCAAUUUCAAGGGAUGGUAACAAAACUUUUAAAAACGACACUUUGUAUGUUGAUGGUCAAUCAGUUUAGUUUUCUCCCUUUCCGACAAAGAGAGGUGAGAGGUGCACACGUACCCCAGUUCGCCCAGUACACUUUCAGGCCAAACUCACUCCUCUGUUUCAGGUGCUAAACCGGCCGGAAAAGAAUUUGUCGCGUCAUCACCUGCCAGCCGGACCAGACUGCUGUCUGAGCCGAAUGCGCCUGGCGUCUCUUGCAAACUCAGCAUCAUUGCACGUUUUUCUGCUGGCGUGAGUUCUUGUUGCAAAAUCAGAAACGAACACAAGCAUAUCUGGUAAGCGAGUGCUGAAGGAGAGAUUUGCAGAAAUAAAUGUUUACUAUAUUUGUAUUUCUAAAUAUAUUCCUAUAUUCCAUACGAUUCUUGCAUGUGGGCUUCUGUAACAGUGCACAUGGAGUUCUGUUUGGUGUACUGCAUGUCACAAGUCUCUGACCUUGGAAAUGAGAUAUAAACUCAACGUUUCUUCGGAACAGUGUCACGUCUCUGUGUGGGACUGCCCUCAGUCGGCUCGGCCAGGAGCAGAAAAGGAAGGGAGAGGGGAAAAGGUUUGGGAAAGGUUCCCCUGUCCUCGUGGACGUUCAUGUCCUAAACCAGUUUUAGCUCAAUGACGUUCAUUGCUAACUAGCCUCACUGUAAGACAGCUUUGUAUAAUGUGAUACACCAUGCUUGAAAGGUAAAUGUUUCCCCUAAUUCAUACAAGACCGAUUGGAAGGGAUGACUGGGUGACACAGCUGUUAGCGCUGUUUCCCAGUUGGCCUGGGGUCCUGAGGUCUGGACUGGGAUCCUUCUGGGUGUUUUCCCAAUGGGUAUGCUGGGUAUUUCCCUUUUCACCCCGCAUUCCCAUUGUGGACACCCAGAGUGUCUGCAGCCCGGGCAGGAAUAAGGGGCUUUGUGAUACAGAUUUAACUGACGGGAGUAUCCUGGCCAACCAGCUCCUGGCUGAAACAGUGUGAGAGAGGUCGUUGUGAUUGAAAACCCACCGUCGGCUGAUUCGGGAAUUGCGAAGCAAGGUGUUCAUCUCAUUUGUGCCGUGGUUUUGUCAGAAAAUCGCUGUAUCCCAGAGUGGCACCAAAUUUAAAGUGAAUCUGAAAAUUG